CGGGACGGCCGCAAGCCCCGUCCUCCAGGUGACGUCACGGGGACGUGCGAACGGGCGGGCGGCGAGGCCGUAGUGUCUCCACCACCAGAGGUCCUUUUAGUGGGUGGUGUUCGCUCGUGCCUUCUCCGCCGGGCUCUGUCAGUAGUCGCCGCAAUAUGGCUUUCGUCACCAGGCAGUUCGUGCGCUCCGUGUCCUCCUCGUCCACUGCCUCGGCCUCGGCGAAGAAAAUCGUCGUCAAGCACGUGACGGUCAUCGGCGGCGGGCUGAUGGGCGCCGGCAUAGCGCAGGCACACACACCUCACUGCCUUGCUCUACUGGGACCACAGGAAGAUAAUGCUGCUGUUCUCGAUUCCGUGUCUCCCCAGGUUGGGUUAUGCUAUUGAUGCCAUAGUUACUGGUGAGUAGUGUUCUAAGCUUAAAGAACAGGCUCUGAGGUCCCAGCUCCUCUCUCCUAGCUGUGGGAACCUUUGGCAAGUCACUUACCUCCUUUCUGCCUCUUUCUCCAUCUUGGAAUAAAGAUACCUCACGGUUGUGAAAGUGAGAGCUCAUGUAGGUACAAAUGCUUAGGAUGGCAUUAAUGUGUUCAAUAGUAACCAGUAAAUCUUGGCACCUGUUCUAUAGAUCCAUCAAAUCUAAUCCAAUGGUGGUUUCAUUUAAUUCCUUUUAACUGCCUGUGAAGAUAUUUGAUACAGAAAUGAGGGGACUUCAAACAAUUCUAGAACUUCACAAAAUUUACUUAUGUCUUUUGUUUAGAAAGAUAAUCUCAAUACCCCGUUGACUGAUUUUUGGGGCAUUGCUAUGGGUUCAUACUCAUAAACAUUGAGAACAGAGCCUGACACUUACAUACCCUACAAAUGGGACUAUUCUGACCAUAGCUUUGAUGUCUGUCAUUUCAUGUGACCAUUAUAAUAAUCGCCUGGUAGAAAGGUUAUGGGGUCAAGGGUCAGAGGCAGAACGGGGGUCUCUACUCCUGUCCUGGUGAUUUCUGAGUCUGAGAAACCCACAGUUCUGCCUGCACCUCUGGCCCCUGCUGACUUGUGAGGAGAAGUGUCUGUGGACAAAGGAUUCUUUGUGGGUGUCUAGAAUCUAGUUAUGAGCCUGCCCUAUCCUCAGUUCUAGACUCAAAGUUGAAGUCCCUGCUGGCCAUCUCUGGAUACUCUG